CAUGAGUACAGUAAAGUCAUAAGGAUGAAAAUUUUUGUGGUGUUCUGAAGCAAUUGAAAGAUAUAAAAAGUCAUACUCUCGACUCACGGGAACCAAAUCAGCCAAUGCAACAUUAAAUGUGUGGAUAAGCAAGAGUACAAUAAAAAUGUGCAUACAAAGAUGACUCAAAAACAGCUCCAUUAUGGUUAACGUGACCACAGGUUUUAGCAGAGGCAAAACUCACGAAUACGAAUUCGCGAAUUUCAGUAGAAAAUGAAAGUUUGACAGAGACUCGUUCGUGCUAUAUUCAUAAAAUGCAUACAAUUUAUCCAAUUUUAAUUGCUGUUAAGCAAAAAAGUUAAUUGCCAAGAAAAAUUGUGCAAAUUUUUUAUUUGUUUCGAAUAAAUUCCAUAAUCAAAUCUUUAACGAGCUUUCUGUGAUGUGUUUACAAAUGUGUACAUAGAAGUUACUGCACUCUUUCAAUGGCACCUGCAAUUCAAUUGAGAAAUUGAGAGAAUUAUUCGUUAAGUGCCUAACAUCGAACUAUCUUCUUGGGAAAAAUCUUAAUGCAGUAAAAUAAAUUUAAAAUUUCUAAGACGAAUACUGAAAUUUAACAGGGUUAUGAAUUUACACAGAUUCAUUUUGCGGUAAAAAAAAAUAAAUUUGUUAUCAUUCCCAGAAAAUAUAAAACGAACUUUCAAAAUGCGGUUUGCUAUAUGCAUAUCUAAAUAUGUACAUAUAUAUGUAUAUAGUUAAAAGACGAAUUAUUUAGUUGUGCGGUAAAGGUACGGUUAAUUGUCAAAAAUGUCGGACAUCGUGGAUACGGAAUUACUAGUGAAUUGUACAAUACUCGCCGUCAGGCGUUUCGGACUUAACACUAUUGUAAAUUCAUCUCUAUUGAGCAGCCUGAAUCGAUCGGAAGUUAUCAAUCUACUUUCUGGAAUAAUAGAGAAUAAGGACAACCUAGACAACAUUAAUGAUGCAAAGGACUUUUUAACCGAAUGCUUAUUUCCGUCACCGACGAGACCGUACGAAUUGCCAUGGGAACAAAAAACUAUUUGGGCGAUUAUCUUUGGUAUGAUGCUGUUUGUGGCAAUUGCCGGAAACUGCAUUGUCUUGUGGAUUGUUGCUGGUCAUCGCAGUAUGCGCACUGUAACAAACUACUUUUUGCUCAACUUGAGCAUAGCCGAUUUGCUGAUGUCCUCGCUCAACUGCGUUUUCAAUUUCAUCUUUAUGCUGAAUUCGGAUUGGCCCUUCGGUUCUAUUUACUGCACAAUAAAUAAUUUCAUGGCGAAUGUGACUGUCUCGACGUCGGUAUUUACCCUUGUGGCUAUAUCACUGGAUAGAUAUUUUGCAAUUGUUCACCCUUUGAAGAGACGAACAUCAAGACGAAAAGUACGGAUCAUUCUGUUACUAAUAUGGGUUAUAAGUUGUUUGCUAGCAGCGCCCUGCUUACUGUACUCAAGCACAAUGACGAAAAGAUACUACAACGGCAAAUCGAGAACUGUGUGCUUUAUGCUGUGGCCAGAUGGACGCUAUCCAACAUCGAUAUCAGAUUAUGCUUACAACAUCAUAAUCCUGAUACUCACCUAUGGUAUUCCAAUGGUUGUCAUGCUAAUAUGCUACACCUUAAUGGGUCGUGUUCUCUGGGGAAGCCGUUCUAUUGGAGAAAACAUUGAUCGUCAAAUGGAGUCGAUGAAGUCGAAAAGAAAAGUGGUACGGAUGUUUAUUGCCAUCGUUCUAAUAUUUGCAAUAUGCUGGUUGCCAUAUCAUAUGUUUUUCAUCUAUGCUUACCACAACAACGAUAUCACAUCCGCCAAAUACGUACAACAUAUGUACUUGGGGUUCUACUGGUUAGCUAUGUCAAAUGCCAUGGUAAAUCCAAUAAUAUACUAUUGGAUGAACAAAAGAUUUCGAUUGUACUUUCAAAGGAUCAUAUGUUGUUGUUGCUAUGGUGCAGUCAAUCACAAGACGGAUUCCCCGAAUUUAAUUGCAAAUAAAAACAGUUUUCAAAAGUCUAUUAAAGUAGAGGGCAAAAAUAUUUGGAAACGUAGUACCAUGGAGACACAAAUACAGGUGGCGCAAACUUCACUUCGGGAGAGAAUCACCAUGGAUAAAACUCCGAAUAAAGUCGUUGUGGACUGCAUACAAGAGAAAGCCAAAAAUGACAGUUCUCCAGUUUAUAUUUCAACCAAAAGCGGAACUGAUCAGCAACGAAUUAUAAUAAAAUGUAUUUCCUGUGACGAGGACAAUAAAUAUGGUAAAGAUAUUCAGGGAAAGAAUGAAAAGGAUGGAAAAGACACACUCUGAUUGUAAAUUUAGGCAUAAGAAAUGUUUACAUACAUACAUAAGUACGUAUGAAUUUGUAAAUACCUUAAAUUAAGUAAUUCAAUGUCACAUAUGAAAUACGUAACCCACUUUUGCAGAACGACUUCAUUAAACUCAUGAUGUAUAUAGUUAGAUUAUUGAGCUUUAAAAAUAUCUUUAUUGAUUUAAUCAACUGCAAUUGUAUCAAAUUACAAGUUGGCACUGCAAAUAUUCAAAA